GCACCGUUGUCCGUCGAGCACGCACCGAUCUCUCACUCUCAUUCACAUCUCCUCUUCAUCUCUCUCUUCUUCAUCUGCCUUGAUCAUCAUCAUCAUCAUCAUCAUCCACCCCGUCAUCCUCGAUUAAUCCAUCGCACACGGCCCACAAACGACACCUCGGCUAGUUCCGACGCCCUCGCUCGUCUUGUGACACUCGACUCUUUCGUGACUCUGCGGUGCCUCAACACCCCAACCUCUCUCUCGUCCCCAACCGUGACAAACCCUCCCACUUACGGCUUGGCCCACGCCUCCGCACCCCCCGCCGCCGCCGCCGCUCCCACCUUCCCGCCUUGUCCCCUCCCACAUCGCUCGACCAUUUAAUCAUACACUGCUCUUCUUGAGAGAGCCUCUCCGCUCUCCUCGCCCACCCUUCUCUUCCCCGGCUCCCCCGCCACUAUGUGUCCCCUCGGCUCGGAAAUCGAAAGCGUGCCGGCGGGCACCUCGACAAUGGCAGACAGCGCGCUAAAGGAGGACAGCCGCAAGCUCUGCGUUCGCCACAAGCAGACUGCCAACCAGAACGUCAACGCAAAGCUGCAGAAGUCGCUCGACUCCCUCCCUGUCUCUGAGCGUGAGGAGAUUACGCAUCUGUGGUCGACCUUCUCCGCCGCUGCGCACCCCAAAAGAAAACUCAUUCUCGAGGGUAUCCUCACCAUGUGCUGUUUCUCGCAACUCUCCCAUCUCUCAGACUCGCUCAACAAGAUAAUCCGCAUCGACCCCUUCUCCCUUCUCCCAAGAGAAGUCUCCCUUCGCAUCCUAGGCUACCUCGACGCCAUCUCGCUCGGGCGUGCGGCCCAGGUCUCGCGGUCGUGGAAGGCGCUUGCCGAUGAUGACCUCCUGUGGCGCCGCAUGUGCGGCCAGCACAUCGACCGCAAGUGCGAGAAGUGCGGGUGGGGCCUCCCGCUGCUCGAGCGCAAGCGUCUCAAGGUCGAGCUCAAGGACCGUAGCCCCGCGGCGGCCAUGGGCAUAGCUGGCCACAGCUCCCAUGGACAUGACGGCAUUCAGCAGCUCAUGACGCGGUCGCAAGCGCUUGGUGUCGACCACGUCCACGAACACGCCACUCCACGCUCGGUUGUGUGCGAGCCCUCCAUCACCUCGAGCAGCUCGUUGAAGCGCUCCGCCGAAGCGAGUUUGGUACAGCCCCAUCCAAAGAAGCGCGUGCGCACCAACGGCAGUGGCAGCGACUCGGAGAAUGAGAUCGCGCCGACGGCUGGUAUGCUCACUAGAGAGGUGCGCCUCACGCGCCCUUGGAAGUCGGUGUACUGCGAGCGCCUUGUUGUGGAGCGCAACUGGCGCAAGGGAAGGUGUCAGCUCAAGACGCUCAAGGGCCACACCGACGGCGUCAUGUGUCUCCAGUACCACACGACUCUCACCAACCCCCACUACCCCGUACUCAUCACCGGCUCGUAUGACCGCACGGUGCGCAUCUGGAACCUCGACACGGGCGAGAUCGUGCGUGUCCUCCGUGGUCACACCCGGGCUGUGCGCGCUCUUCAGUUUGACCAGAUGGUCCUCUUCACGGGCUCGGCGGACGGUACGGUGCGCAUGUGGAACUGGCGCAAGGGCGAGUGCAUGCGUGUGUUUGAGGGUCACUCGGAUGGUGUCCUUGCCCUCAACUACAACGGCUACCUUCUCGCCUCUGGCAGCAAUGACAACACGGUCAUCGUGCGCAACUUCCGCUCCAGCACUCAGUUCACCCUGCGCGGCCACGAUGACUGCGUCAGCAGCGUCCUCAUCUGGGAUGGCAAGACCUCGCCCGGUGACUUGGACCCGACAACCACGACGACCAUGUUCACGCAGGCGCUUAAGCCGCGGUCGCGCGCGUCUCCCGACCCCCAGCCCGAGAUUGAUGUCGGCACCAUGCUCUUCUCUGCGUCCGACGACUGCACGAUCAAACUGUGGGACUUGGCUACGCACGAGUGUGUGCGCACCUUCUCGGGCCACCGCGGCCAGGUGCAGAGCCUCCGUGUGCUCAUGAUCGACCAGCCGAAGGAGGGCGACGAGGAGCGCGACCGCGAGGUGACGCCGCCUGCUUCGGGCUGGGCGCCAGCAUCGCUCACUCCGCCUCCGGCUCUUUCUGCUGUUGACAACUCACCCGCCGAGUUCGAUGCCGCGGUGCACGCGCGCGCGCCGGACGUCGUCCCGCGCGUCUACGUGCACGAGGAGGACGACCGCAAGCGUCGCGAGCGCACGUCUGACGUGGAGGAGCGUCGCCCUGUGCUUGCGUCGGGCAGCUUGGACGGUACCAUCAAGCUGUGGGAUGUCGACUCGGGCCGCGAGCGCAACACGCUGUUCGGGCACAUUGAGGGCGUGUGGGGCAUCGACAUGGAUGCGCUCCGCCUCGCGUCGGCGUCGCACGACCGCACCGUCAAGGUGUGGGACCACCAGUCGGGCCACUGCGUGCAGACGCUCACUGGCCACCGCGGUGCAGUGACGAGUCUGCAGCUGUCGGACGACAUGAUUGUUUCGGGCAGCGAGGACGGCGAGGUCAUGGUGUGGAACUUUGGCCCGCAGUCGGCGUCGGCGUCUGCCAUCGCGCUGAACGGCACGCCGGCACUCUAAUCAUAGCCCUGGGUUUUAGCAUUCUUGGGCCCUGCGUUGUAGCACUGUUUGUUGAUAGCAUUGUGUAUAGUAUGCAUCGGGAUAUGGGGCGAU